GCCGCGAAGUCGCGGUUGACCGUAGGGGGUUCGGCGCCAUGAGCGGGUCGCUGCGCUGCCUGCGCGCGGCUCUGCGGCCGCUGCCGGGGUGGGCGGCGCGGCCGCUCUGCCAGGCGGCGCCGGGUUCGGGCCCCCCCGCAGGCGGCGAGGGUGAGGGCUCGCGCGAGACGGUGGAGCGGCUGGUGCGCGCGCACCCAGUGGUAGUGUUCAUGAAGGGCAGUCCCGCGCAGCCCCAGUGCGGCUUCAGCAACGCCGUGGUGCAGAUCCUGCGGCUGCACGGGGUGGCCGACUACCGCGCGCACGACGUGCUGCAGGACCCCGGCCUGCGCCAAGGUGUUAAAAAUUAUUCCAACUGGCCUACCAUCCCCCAAGUGUACCUCAAUGGUGAAUUUGUAGGUGGCUGUGACAUACUCCUACAGAUGCAUCAGAAUGGAGACUUAGUAGAAGAGCUUAAGAAAUUAGGAAUCCGCUCUGCGCUUUUGGAUGCAGAAAAAGACCAAGACAAGAAGUAAAACAAGCAAGAAACUUAAUUUUAGAGGAUGCUGAGACUAAUGAAGAACAUCUUUCACAAUAACGGAUUACCAGAAAAGCCUUAUGUCCUCUACCAUGAAGAAGGCGUUUUUCUGAAUUGACACUAAGGUUUAUCAGUAAACAUCUGGUAGUUUGUGGUACAGUAUACUUGGUAUUUUGGUUUUAAGGGAACUCUGUUGUGAAAAUUGGAGUGUAACCACUGCACUGUAAUACAUAUAUUUGUGAAAUUGAUGUAAACAAACAGCUCAUUUUUGUGUGUUGUCUGUUAUUUCUUGAUUGAGGCAGGAGGAAACCAAAAGACUGUAGAAUUAUAUUAUUUUUACAGAGCUCUUGUGUAUUUUGCUUAUGUUGUCUGUCCUUUUGAUACAUAAAUCUAUGCAGACAGUGUUCGCAGCUCUCUUGCUCCUCUUGAAAAUGUGUCAGUAACUAGUAUCUGUCUUUACGUAUAAACACCUGAAGAUGGGACUUUCUGGGAGCCUGUGACCUUGUGUAUACAUGUAACCUGCAAACCUAUUUUUAACAAAUUAGAAGAAAACAAUGAGAUUAUAUGAAUGGUGCAUGGAAUUCAUUCCAAAGGGUUGAAAUAAAUACACUAGCACAAGCAAA